UUAAGCUCAAGCCCCCUCCUCUGGCACAAAAAUCUCGGAAUUCGACACCAGGAUCCACAACUGAACAAGGAACUAAUACCGGCAACGCAAGAACGUGGGCGGAUAAAGCAACAGGACAACGGAAAUAUGCUCUCCGAUUUCAAUGGAUUUAUUUAUGUGUCACGAACUCAGUUCACAAUUUUCACUUACGCGGAAGUUCAAAAUUGCACUUCAAUAUAAAAGACCAGGAUCUCUCAGUCACCCCGUCUGUUUUGGAGAGUUUUUACUAGCCGAAAAAUCAAUCGACUUUCCAAGUUAUAAAACUGCUCACAAGUGUUUUAAUUAAGGAGGAGCUAAUAACUUCGGACUGUAUUCAAGAAAUCAACGGAGUCGACGUCAACCUAUACAAAAACGUGAACACUUUUGAGGAAGUGUUUUUGUUGGUACAUCAAGUUCAAGCUGACAGCAACAAUCCACAAACAAAAUGGCCUCAUGCUAUGCUCGGAUUGUAGUCGGUCUUCUCGUACUGUUUCUUAUUUCGAAUUUGCAGGAAACGAGUGCCGCCAGAGCAAGAGGCGGUUCGAGGUUCAGGUCGCGGAGCUCUGGGACGACAACCCGUAGAACCGUCUACACGUACACCAGUUACUCGCAAGGAGGUCUGGCAUACUGGAAGAUAAUCCUGAUCGUUUCCGGAGUUCUCUUCGCCAUGGCCCUCUUCUUCACCUGUUUCCGCCUGUGGAGCGCAUAUUCCAGGCGUCGGGAGAGGGAUCUCCGGUCACGUGAGGCCCCUCGAUUCGAGAACCCGAUCUACCGAGUCCAUCGGCCUGAGGGGUUCGAAGAUGAAACGCCCCCUGGCGGUGAGGAUGGCGUCGGCGACGGUUUAUCAGACAAGAACAUCGCAGCAGCGCCCCCACCGCCGUACGACGAGGCGGUCAAAGCCGAUGAGGGCGCUGUUGACGAGAAGUUGGACUAAAAUGAGGGCGUAAUCACUCGCCCAGCUUCUAUUGAACGAUUGCAGGAGCUAUACGAAGGAACAUAUUGACAAUAUUAUAUGUCGCAGUAGCCAAUAAGCCUCCAUGACGUCGCACUUUGUUUACAUGUGCACUUUUCUAUGGAGCCAGUGGGGGUCCACGGUCCAGUGAGCACCAUAGGAAAGCACACACGUAAACAAAGUGUGACGUCAUUAUUACAGAGGCAAAUUUCGGACGAGGCCUGUUAGUCUCGCGACCUUCAAAAGGUCACACAUAUAGCGGCCAUUUUGAAUUACAGUACAGUAAAAUUUGACAGCAUAUUGACAGUGUUAUAUUAUUUGUUUUGUAAAGAAGUUUUGCAUUUCAAUCACUGUCAAAUUAUGCAGCUAAACCAAGGGACAAUAUUGUACUUCGUGAAAAAAAUAUUGUACUUCGAUAAUCUUCGCUCAGCAAAUGUAAGUGCUGGAAUAAGGCCAAAAAAAAAAUAAGUCGGUCUCUGGUCAGCGCGCGUCGAUUUUAAUCAUGCGCGUC